CAGUGUCUCAGCAUGAUCUAAGACACAAAUUCGGAAGACCUGCAGUCAUUUUCCUGGCCUACAGUCCUGGAUGAGUGACCCUGAGGAGACCCAGUUGCCGGAUCCUGCAUUGCAGAAAGCAGCAGUGAAUGUGAAGAAAAAGAAGUUGGAUGAAAAGGUGGAAUGCAAGAAAGAGAAGAAGCAGCAGCGAAAGGCCAUGGCAAAGCAUAAACACCUGGAGAAGACCGCUGCCGAGGAUCCGCCCUCGGUGCAGCAGUGCCUGGGACCUGGCUGUGUGUAUCCCACCCGGCCAGGCUCCAAGUACUGCUCAGAUGACUGUGGCAUGAAGCUGGCCGCUGAGCGCAUCUGUCAUAUUCUGCCCCAGCGCGUCCAGCAGUGGCAGAAGAGCCCCUGCAUUGCUGAGGAGCAUGGCAAGAAAAUGCUUGAGCGCAUCCAUCGUGAACAGCAGGACGCUCACACCCGCCUGAAGGACAUGGAGUGCCAUUUCCAGGAACUUGAGGCCAUAAUCCUGCGUGGCAAGCAGCAGCCUGUGUGCGAGGAUGAGGAGACCAAGAGAAGUAACAGGAACAACGCACACAUGCAGACGUUCUGUGUCUCCUGUGGGCAGUCAAUUAGCUUGCAUGUCGCCCUGCGCCAUAUGGAACACUGUUUUGUCAAGUAUGAGAGAAAGUGGUCCUUUGGGUCCUUGUAUCCCACUUGCAUUGAAGGGGCCACCAGGCUCUUCUGUGAUGUUUACGACCCAAAGAGUAAGAGGUACUGUAAGCGGCUUCAGGUGCUGUGUCCUGAGCACUCAAGAGAUCCCAAGGUAUCAGACGAUGAGGUGUGUGGGUGCCCACUAGUGCACAAUGUCUUUGAGGUCACUGGUAAUUUCUGUCGCCUCCCUAAAAGCGUGUGCAACCUCCACUACUGCUGGGAGAAGCUGAGGCGUGCUGAGGUGGACCUAGAGCGCGUUCGCACGUUGAGCAAGCUGGAGGAACUACUUGAGCAGGAGCAUAAGGUGCGCACAGCCAUGACGAACCGGGCCGGGCUUCUGGCUCUGAUGCUUCACCAGACAACCCAGCAUGACCCACUCACCGCUGACCUGCGCUCCAAAGUAGAAAGCUGAAAGCUGCCUGACCGAGAGCCUGUUCCCAACACCCUGUGGUUGCCAGAGGAAGACUGGGACUUCUGCCAUACCUGCCUUUGUCAGUCUCAGCCAGACCUUCUGUGGAGGUGUGCCCAGCAAUGCUGCCUGUGGGUACUGGUAUGUUUGAAAUGUGAGACUUGCACUCUUUUCCUAUGUUUUCUCUACUCACUGGUCUCUUAUGAAUUUUUUCAUUGAUUUGCAUAAUUGCUUUUUCCCAGGGACUCACACGUUUCGCCUAAGUGCUUGAGUAUGUUGCUCUAGACUUCUACCUCAUAGUCUACCGUAGUUGGCUUAUAUUACUACCUACCUCAUGGAAUGUCUCCCUUUUAAAUUACUACACUUUUUUACUCCUCCAAUUGAUCAGAUUUUCCAGGGGCUAACCCAUAUAAUUAAUUAUUUGAAAAGACUAAGCUAAGAUCAGAU